GCAAUUUGAAUUUUCAAAUGCAGCGUCUAGCUUUAUCAAGGAUAUAUUAUCCAACGGAACAUGUUUUUCCACCAUUAUCAUUUACUUAGAAGCAGGAUUAUGUCCAUAUGCAUGUUCCAGGGCUGGCUCAAAGAAAAGUGGCAGGUGAUUUCCAUAACAAUGGUGCUGGGUGACCUCAGACCCAGUAAUUGUUAGAGCGGCCUCUAUCUCGCAACAACACCCAGUCUAUUGUUGUCAGUGGGAGUCGUCUCCAGUGGGACGAUUGAGCUGGAAUAUUUGUGUGUCUCAGGUUCUGAAUGUUGGACACAACAGCUGCAAGAAGUCAGCCAGAUUGCCAGUUUUUACGUGGCUAAUUGGUUAAAAUUGUUCUUAGAUUAGAACAGAUAGAUUUCUUUAGUUGGGCAGUGUCUGACUUAGCCUUGGACGUGCCCGACCUAUUCAAAUGGUCUAAAUUCUUCCCCUUUCAAGGCAUAUUUGGGAUUACAGUAUAGCCUAGUUUGCGUGAGUCUUGUAAUCCCUGUUGUCACCAUGUCUGUUGUUGGCGACUACUAUGGGGAGACGGCCAUGUACGGCCCUGCGUUGCGGGACGACGACAUGGAUCGCCAUUUCUACUGGCACAAGAUCCAGGUCCGCGUGAUCUCGGUGCUAUGGGCGAUCUUCACGGUCUGCUGGGCCAUCAUGAACAUCGUGGUGUUUGUCCAGCCCUUCUGGAUUGGAGAUAGCAACACCACUCCGAUGUCAGGGUACUUCGGCCUGUUCCAGUACUGCCUGGGAGGCGCGACGCCGACGCUGACUUGUAGCGGAAGGUUUGACGACUUUAGCUCCAUCCCAUCCGAUGCCUUCCGUGCGUCUGCGUUCUUCGUCUUUUUCUCCAUCCUCAUGGUGAUGAUCGUGAUCAUCUUGAUGUUCCCGUACUUUUGCCUGGUGUACAUCGAUGACCGGCGGGACGUUAGCAAGCCCCCCAGCCGUGCUCACGUCGUCAUCAUGAUCGUUUGUGGGGUGCUUCUGCUCAUCUCUGCCCUGUGCAUGUUCCUGGCCUGUGUGAUCUACCCUGCUGGUUGGGACAACUCUCUAGUAGCUGGACUGUGUGCCAAUGGUGCAGAGAAGUACCAGCAAGGGGAGUGCACCAUCCGCUGGGCCUACAUCCUCGCCAUUAUCGGUAUCUUCGACGCAGCCAUCCUCGCAGCCCUCGCCUUCUUCCUGGCCGACCGACAGGAGAAGCUGGCCUUUGCCUCUCACGGACUGAUCAAUGGAGGCCCCGCCGCCUAUGGCAUGGGUGACCGUGCCUCCAUCUCUGGACGUUCCAUCGGAUCCAAGCGCUCGUUCCAGCCGGCUCCGCUGGCUCCUGAACCCACCGAGGCCUACAACUACCACGCUGAGCCCAUGCCGCUGGACCGCCGCACCUACCAGUCCAAACGGCGCGGCUCUGGUGCCGGGUCACAGAUCAGCAGCAGCGGAGCUUUUUACCUGUAAUGCACGACACACCUGUGCACUGAUCACCCUUCAUAUGUGAUGUCUUUACUAUGAAGUAUGUAAUGAACUAGCACAAGGCACAUAUUUAUGUUUAUGCUACCGUCAGUAAUUAGUGGAGGUAUAGCCAUCCUGCCAUCAGUAGAAAAGUUGCCUUGUCCCUUCAUUUUGUUGUGAAUUUGGCAUCCUGUUGCAUUACUUUUAAAAUACUUACAGAAAAUAUCACAGAUAUUUGAGAUAAUAUCACCUUUAUUAUAACCAGGAAUAUAAUAUUAGUAUUGAUAAAUGAAUGAUCUAAAGCAUCUCUGAUCCAAUUUCAAAGCUUGGUGGCAAAGUCACUUACUGUCUACAAAAGCAAUUGAUGAUAGGGACCAAAUACAAAUACUUACUUUGUAACAUCAAACAUUUUAACGAGAAAAAAAACAGUUGUUACCCUUGAUAUUUUUUAGGAAAGUUACUUAAAAAAUUAUUAUCAUUGAGAACAUAUAUAAUUUUAACGAUUUAUACAAGGAUUUCAUACAACUGACUUCUCUAUACUAAUUAGUCAAAUUAGAUCCAUGUAUAACUUUCCUCAAAAGCUGUUAUUCAUCUGUUAUUUCCAUAGUGGCAGCUAUAGUAAGAUGUUUGGAGCUGUAUUAGUGCAGUAUUAUCCGGCUGUCUCAUCUUUGUGUGGGUGCAGCUUAGCUUGCUGAGGUGUUUUAAACUUUGCACUUUUUAGACAUUUUAUCAUGAGUGCUACCAGUUUUAUUUCUUACAAAUGUUGCACAAAAAUAUAUUAUUUCUGAAGCCUUGUAGAUGUUUAUUUUAUUGUCAUUCUGUUAAUGUAAUAUAUUAUGUUAUAUUAGUAUAUAUAAUACAGUAUGCUUUUGUAGUUACAUAGUACUUAAUAUUUAUGUGUAUUGCCAGUAUAUACAGGGUAUAGUGAUACUGGAGAAUAGCAUUUUGAUUAUCAUGAAAGUUGUAGCUCUGCAUGAUAAAUGCUUUAGAUGAUACCACUCCACUGCAACAUAGUCAAGUUCUAUGGAAAACAUUUAUAACUUUUGAAUGAUAUCCUUUUACUGAUUUUACUGAAGUUCACUUCUAUAGGUUGCUAAGCCUUGUUAAACUAUUUGUAGGUAGAUGAAUAUUUUAUUCAUUAUCCAAUACAGAUACAGCAAAACUCAGAAUGUAGAUUGUCUAGUUAAAAAAAACACUGUCAACUGUAAUUGUGGAGAGACCUUUUUCCCUUCUAAUUACAGUAUAUAGUAGAUAGACAUGUGUAUUUAGAAAAAAAUACAAAUUGUACCCUUUUGAAGCUUCACAUUCCAUCAUAAAGCCGGGGCCACACAGCAAGAAAAUAGCUCGCCUGACAUUUGAGAACAUUUUCGGCAGCUAUCUGGUGAGGUUCCUGUAUCACACGCAGUUUUGCUAUCAGCCGAUGAUUGCAGGUCCAAAUUUGAUAUGAUAACUUUCAAGCAAAAAGUGUGCUCAGCACUUUGCUGAUUUUGAAAUUUGACAACCUUUUGGCAGUCAACAAAUUCAGCCAAAGGUUGUUGAAAGUGUGACACCGGCAAUAAUAUUGGAGAGUUAUGUAAGAGAGGUAUGAAACCAUAUCAGGAGAGGCCCGUGAAGUGUCUCAAUAACCAUUUUUUAAGAACUGGAUUUGGUUUGUACAUCAGUGUGGCGGUGUUUUCUCUGAGUCACCCUUUUAAUAAAUGUGUAGAUACGCCUA